CUCCAUGGUAACGACGCUCGGCCCGAAGAUGGCGGCCGAGUGGGGAGGAGGAGCGGGUUACUCAGGCUCAGGCCCGGGCCGGAGCCGGUGGCGCUGGAGCGGGUCUAUGUGGGUCCGAAGCGUUUUACUCCUGUUGGGCGGGCUCCGGGCCAGCGCCACAUCUACUCCCGUCUCCUUGGGCAGUUCCCCUCCCUGCCGGCACCACGUCCCCUCUGACACUGAGGUUAUAAAUAAAGUUCAUCUUAAGGCAAAUCAUGUGGUCAAGAGAGAUGUUGAUGAGCAUUUAAGAAUCAAGACUAUUUAUGAUAAAAGUGUUGAAGAGUUGCUCCCUGAGAAAAAAAAUCUUGUAAAGAACAAGCUUUUCCCACAAGCUAUUUCUUAUUUAGAGAAGACUUUUCAGGUCCGUCGACCUGCGGGCACUAUCUUACUUAGCAGACAAUGUGCAACCAACCAAUACCUCCGGAAGGAAAACGACCCGCACAGGUACUGCACCGGGGAGUGUGCCGCGCACACGAAAUGCGGCCCUGUUGUUGUUCCAGAGGAACAUCUCCAGCAAUGCAGGGUCUACCGCGGUGGUAAGUGGCCUCAUCGAGCAGUGGGUGUGCCAGACCAAGAAGGCAUCUCAGAUGCAGACUUUGUUCUUUAUGUUGGUGCUCUGGCCACUGAGAGGUGCAGCCAAGAAAACAUCAUCUCUUAUGCAGCCUAUUGUCAGCAGGAAGCAAACAUGGACAGGCCAAUAGCAGGAUAUGCUAACCUGUGUCCAAAUAUGAUCUCUACCCAGCCUCAGGAGUUUAUUGGGAUGCUGUCCACAGUGAAACAUGAGGUUAUUCAUGCCCUGGGUUUCUCUGCUGGGCUGUUUGCAUUCUACCAUGACAAAGAUGGAAAUCCUCUCACUUCAAGAUUUGCGGAUGGCCUCCCACCUUUUAAUUAUAGUCUUGGAUUAUAUCAAUGGAGUGAUAAAGUAGUUCGGAAAGUGGAGAGAUUAUGGGAUAUUCGAGAUAAUAAGAUAGUUCAUCACACUGUGUAUCUCCUGGUAACACCUCGUGUCGUUGAGGAAGCACGAAAACAUUUUGAUUGUCCAGUUCUGGAGGGAAUGGAGCUUGAAAAUCAAGGUGGUAUGGGUACUGAGCUCAACCACUGGGAAAAAAGGUUAUUAGAGAACGAAGCGAUGACUGGUUCUCACACUCAGAAUCGAGUACUCUCUCGGAUCACUCUGGCAUUAAUGGAGGACACUGGCUGGUAUAAAGCAAAUUACAGCAUGGCUGAGAAGUUAGACUGGGGCCGAGGAAUGGGCUGUGACUUUGUCAGGAAGAGCUGUAAAUUCUGGAUUGAUCAGCAGAGACAAAAGAGGCAGAUGCUGAGCCCUUACUGUGACACGCUCAGAAGUAACCCACUGCAGUUAACUUGCAGACAGGACCAGAGAGCAGUUGCAGUGUGUAAUUUGCAGAAGUUCCCUAAACCUUUACCACAGGAAUACCAGUACUUUGAUGAACUCAGUGGGAUACCUGCAGAAGAUUUGCCUUAUUAUGGUGGCUCUGUGGAAAUUGCUGACUAUUGCCCUUUCAGUCAGGAAUUCAGUUGGCAUUUAAGUGGUGAAUAUCAGCGCAGCUCAGAUUGUAGAAUAUUGGAAAAUCAACCAGAAAUUUUUAAGAACUAUGGUGCUGAAAAGUAUGGACCUCAUUCAGUUUGUCUAAUUCAGAAAUCAGCAUUUGUUAUGGAAAAGUGUGAGAGGAAGCUGAGUUACCCAGACUGGGGGAGCGGAUGUUAUCAGGUUUCUUGUUCUCCUCAAGGUCUGAAAGUUUGGGUCCAAGAUACUUCAUAUUUGUGUAGUCGGUCUGGGCAGGUCCUCCCCAUCAGUAUCCAGAUGAAUGGCUGGAUUCAUGAUGGAAACCUGCUCUGCCCAUCGUGCUGGGACUUCUGUGAGCUCUGUCCUCCAGAAACAGAUCCUCCAGCUACCAACUUGACCCGAGCUCUGCCACUGGAUCUUUGCUCCUGUUCCUCAAGUCUGGUGGUCACCCUCUGGCUUCUGCUAGGCAAUCUGUUUCCUCUACUGGCUGGAUUUCUUCUGUGUGUAUGGCAUUAGGAAUGGAAAAGUGGACCUUCAAGAUAUCCUUUUAUGUUAUGUUCAUGUGAACAAAGCACAAAGUUUGAGCGAGUGCCAGCCUAUGCAGAUGGCAGAAGUGGCAUUCUUGGCUUUGGCUUGGAAGAGUUGACAACCAUCAGACCUUAAAGCAGAACGUCACAGCUGCCUGUCCUCAUCAGCAACCCAGCCACCUUCAUCAGCAACCCAGCCACCUUCAUCAGCAACCCAACCACAUUCAUCAGCAACCCAACCACCUCAUCUUGGAGAAGGAGAAGGAACUGCAAGUCACCAAGUCUCUUCAUUUUUCAGGAUUUGUAAUCUUCCUAAAGUUUUCCUUUGAAAAAAGGAUAAUGGGUGGAAUUUUCAGAGUGAUUACAUACCUCAACAUUUUUAUUAACAUAUAACAGUGGGAAAGUUCAUCAUCCAUAUACUGCAGUAACUUAAACAACAGCUAAUUAUUGCAAGAUUAGAAUUGGAGAUCUUGUCCUCAAAAGUAUAAAUUGUCCUUUGAUUUAUAGAAAAUAAUUGAAUUGGGAUUUCUACAUAUCAUUAGUAUACCUAUUUUAAAUUUAAUGGCAGCCGGGCAUGGUGGUGCAUGCCUGUAGUUCCAGCUACUUGGGAGGCUGAGGCAGGAGGAUCGCUUGAGCCCAGGAGUUCGAGGCUGCAAUGAGCUAUGAUUGCACCAUUGUAUUCCAGCCUGAGCAAUAGAGUGAGACCCUGUAUCUUAAAAAAAAAAAUUGCACUCCACUCCAGCCCAGGCGACAGAGCAAGACUCCGUCUCAAAAAUAAAAAAAAUAAAAAUAAAAAAAAAAUUAAUGGCUGUAUAUAGUAAACUUAAUUCACUGUUCCCAUUAUUUAUUCUAAAGAAUUUUAAAAAAAUGUUUCAUUAAAUCUUAUGGUUUAACUGUGUUUGCCCUUUUUGCCAGCUGUGUGGCAGUUUAUGGCAGAACUGCUGUCAGUGUGCUGGUAGCCAUCUAUUCAUCCCUCUUCAGAGCUCAGCUUCCGGUUGUAUUCUUCAUGAGUUUAAUAAUGACAUGAAAAAAUGUGGAAACAGAGAGAGUAAAAUACUCUGCCCUGUAAAAACAUGGAAGACAUGCAAACAGAAAAAAACAUAAUUGUAUUUUUUUUGAUAAUACUUAAGACAGUUGUGAUCCAACAAAAACAGAACUAUUCCUUUGUGACCGAUGAAGAUAAGAAAUUCUGGCAAAGACAGGUAUGCAAUUUUUUAAAGUGGUUUAAGAAAUUAUUGCAGAAGAAUUUCGAACAUCUGAAAAUGGUUUUAUGUAUAAGAAGGAAAAUGCAAGUUAAAAUGAGAUAGUCUGAAUUGUGUACUAACAGCAAGGUACAAGUUUGGUGUAGAGACUAUCCAGUAGCAUCCAUUGUACCACUUUAAGUAAGACUCAGUCCACAGAAGCUGGAAGAUUGCCUUUGCUUUAAAUAUCCUUUACCUCCUGCAUUUGACACUCCUCCUAUUACUGGUAACAUAGAUUCCAGUCACCAGAAGUAAUUUUACACUGGUAAUAGAGCUUACCAGCCCCAUUUAGUAAUUCCUAUUUGAAAUUUUUUAAUGUUCAGAUGAGGUUUAACAAGAAUAUGAAAAGAAAAAAAUAUAUAUUCAUGAAUGAUAGGCGAUGCCCAUUGUUUCUCUCAAGCUAAUGAAGUCCUGCGGCAUUGUAAUCACAACCCUCGGACAGACUCCUCCUAUUCCUCCAUGGCAUUGUAACCACAACCUUCGGACACACUCCUCCUAUUCCUCCAUGGCGUUGUAACAACAGCCUUUGGACACACUCCUAUUCCUCCAUGUCAUUAUAAUCACAACCCUCAGACAGACUCCUUCUAUUCCUCCAUGACAUUGUAACCACAACCCUCAGACAGACUCCUUCUAUUCCUCCAUGGCAUUGUAAACACAACCCGCAGACAGACUCCUCCUGUUCCUCCAUGGCAUUGUAACCACAACCCCCGGACAGACUCCUCUUAUCCCUCCAUGGCAUUGUAAACACAACCCUUGGACAGACUUCUAUUCCUCCAUGCGUUGUAACCACAACCCUCGGACGGACUCCUUCUAUUCCUCCAUGGCAUUGUAAACACAACCCUCGGACAGACUCCUUCUAUUCCUUCAUGGCAUUGUAAACACAACCCUCGGACAGACUCCUGUUCCUCCAUGGCAUUGUAACCACAACUCUCAGACAGACUCCUCUUGUUCCUCCAUGGCAUUGUAACCACAACCUUGGACAGACUCCUCUUAUUCCUCCAUGGCGUUGUAACCACAACCCUCGGACAGACUCCUUCUAUUCCUCCAUGGCAUUGUAACCACAACCCUCGGACAGAUUCCUUCUAUUCCUCCAUGGCAUUGUAAACACAACCCUCGGACAGACUCCUUCUAUUCCUCAAUGGCAUUGUAACCACAACCCUUGGACAGACUCCUUAUAUUCCUCCAUGGCAUUGUAAACACAACCCUUGGACAAACUCCUCCUGUUCCUCCAUGGCAUUAUAACCACAACCUCGGACAGACUCCUCUUAUUCCUCCAUGACACUGUAAACAACACUCGGACAAACUCCUUCUAUUCCUCCAUGGCGUUGUAACCACAACCCUCGGACAGACUGCUAUUCCUCCAUGGCGUUGUAACCACAACCCUCGGACAGACUGCUAUUCCUCCAUGGCAUUGUAAACACAACCCUUGGACAGACUCCUCCUAUUCCUCCAUGGCAUUGUAACCACAGCCCUUGGACAGACUCCUAUUCCUCCAUGGUAUUGUAACCACAACCCUUGGACAGACUGCUUCUCUUCCUCCAUGGUAUUGUAACCACAACCUUGGACAGACUCCUCCUAUUCCUCCAUGGUAUUGUAACCACAACCCUCAGACAGACUCCUUCUACUACUCCUUUUCUCGUCCUUCCCUCCUUUUCGUCCAUUCAGCAUGUAGCUGUUCAGUACUCCAUUGAAGAAAUUGUGCUAAGUGAGCAAAGCAGCAUAAUUACUAAGAAUUAAUUCUGAUUAUUUGGCAUUAGAGCCAACAGCAACCCCAGCAUAGAGGAAAGUCGCUUUUUUUCAAAUGCAUAAAUUUAAAGUAUAUAUUUGCAUGCGGUUUUAAAUGGGAGGUAUUUGUCGUUGUGAAAAGGUGGGAAUCUCAAACAUAGUCAACUUAACUGAAAAGAUGCUAAUACAGGUUGAGCAUUCAUAAUCCAAAAAUCUGGAAUUCAAAUUGCUCCAAAAUCUGAAACUUUCUGAAUGCUGACCUGAUACCACAAGUGGAAAAUUCUGCAUAUAAGUACUUAACACAAACUUUGUUUCAUGCACAAACUACUAAAAAUAUUGUAUAAAAUUACCUUCAGGCAGUGUGUGUAGGUAUGUAUGAAACAUGAAUUUCAUGUUUAGACUUGGGUCCCAUGCCCCAGAUACCUCAUUAGGUAUCUGUAAAUAUCCAAAUUCCAAAAAAAGUCUGAAAUCUGAAACACUUCUGGUCCCAAGCAUUUCAGUAAGUGAUGCUCAACCUGCGUAAUGGUCUGCGGGCCCGUGCUCAUUUUCUGCAUAUGUUGUACACACUGUAAAUUGUGCAAAAUCAAAGAAAAGCAAAGAGUCUAUUUUUAAAGAAACUUACAAUAAUCAAAGCAUAUACUUAUUAUGAUUAUGAAUCAUCCUGCAAAGAGCUGUAUAAAGAAUUUUACCAAAAAUACAAUGAAUUAAUCAUAUAUUUGAGAGUCACAGUGAUAGGUUUGACUAUAUUUUGACUGUUGUGUAGUGGCACCAUUUAGGUAGUGUUGUUUCUGAGCAUGGUGCUUUUUAUACUUGAAAUAUAUUUUUGCUUUAUUUUUUAUUGAUAUAAUUAUAUUUGCACUAAUGGCUUUCUGAAGAAAAUAUUAUAGAUGACUUUUUUGUAUAUAUAUUUAUUAAGCUUGGAAACCUGGUAUCCCAGUGUUUUCUCUGGACAAAUGUGAAACUGGAUAAACUAUGGUGUCUAGAUAAAGUAUGGAUAAAGUCUUGAGUUCCUCAGGGUAACUGUGUUGAUAUCUCCUGUCCUCUUCAGUAAGGCUUGAAUAUGAUUACUGAUCAUUGAUUCUGCAUAGUGUAUCCAGCAAGACUUGGAAGGACACUGAACCUGUCAGAGAUUUUAAGAGGCACAUUUUAGUCACUUCGAAUAUGAUAGUGGCAGGUGCAGUGACUCAUGCCUGUAAUCCCAACACUUUGGGAGGCCGAGGCGGGCGGGUCACUAGGUCAGGAGUUUGAGGUUACAGUGAGCUUGAUCACACCACUGCAGUGUACAGCCUGGAUGACAGAGGGAGACUCUUUCUUGGGGAAAAAAAAGAUGACAGUGAAGCAGACUUUUAGAAUCCGAGAUGUCAUUGCAGCAUUAUUGGUAUAAAAUUCAGCUGCAAAGUGGAGAAUUUGAAAUGGCCCAUGCGUUGGUAUCCUGUGGCAGGUUAUACCUUCAUAUUAGCAAAGACAAAGCCAUGUCUCUGUAAGAGGGACAGACUGGGCUGGCUGCAGCUGUAGUGGAAGUGAGGGAUGCAGGGAAGGAACAGGGAGCAGCAAUUUGGGGACAGUAGACUGGAGUCACUUUCUGAUUCAAAAAGGGUCAAGUACUUAUAAAAACUGACUACUUUGGUUUUCAGUUCAGACUUAGGCUCAUUUUGAUCAUUUUAAGGUCCCAGUUGUCAAAAAUAUCAAGUAAAUUUGUCUCAGGUUUUCAGGAACAAAAUUUACAGGAAGGAAGCAAAAGCCAUGUCAGUAGGCUUGAGCUGACAGCUUUAAAGAAACUGGCAAACAGGUAGGUCGUCCUAAUAUAGAUCCUUCCAGUAUUCUCCUGAAAAAUAUCCUUUUAUUUCUUAAAACCAGUAACCCUUACAUUUUUCCUAUAGGAUACUUAUUUUUCUUGAGACCAAAUAGACAUUCUAUAAAUGUUAUGAAUUAUGCUUGCAGUUAGUUUUUAGCCUAUCUAGGCUUAAGGUUUAUCGAUAUUUGAAGUUGAAACAUCAUUUUAUGAGGUUUAGUUUUAGGAAGAUAAAUAAAUAAAUAUAUCAAAGUAUUUCAUAAAGUUGUGUCAGUGUCCCCUCUAACAUUAGAAGACUUACUGACUGAGGCCAUCUGUGAAUGACUAAGCGAUCUCUCAGAAUCCUUCCAGCCCUAUACCCUGUGACUAACACUCAUCCAGAAUUGCUGUCUGUGCUGGCUGUGGUCUGCCUCCGGGAGCACACGCCAUCCUGCGUGCUGUGUUCGUCACAGUGUCUGUGCUCGGUGCCUUACCACUGUCCAUGUCCUUGGAUGCUAAAUGGACAGAGAGGAGCCUGUCUCUCAGGGCACAUGAGUGGUCGUGGCAGGAGGAGAUGGGCCUCAGUCACAGUGGACACUCGUCAUUCCUGCCAUGUCCUUGCAGCCCAGGAGGACUAACAAGAUUUUAAUGAGGUCUGUGUCACUCAUUCUGAAGAAAAGAACUUACCUGAGAGGAAGAAUAUUUUUUUAAUAUAUAUUAGGUCGGGGAUGGGGAGGGAGUGGUUGUUUUCUUUUGUGUUUACAUUUUUAAUAACUAAAAUAGAAGAUUUAAUAAUUAAUAUUUAUGGUAUUGAACUUUAAGUGUAAUAUGUUCCUUAGAAAAAGACAACUUUAAUAAAAAUGGAAACUAA